AGCUUUACAAUCAUCAGACUCCCAUCUGAGAGAGCUGGACCUGAGUAACAAUGACCUCCGGGACUCAGGAGUGGAGCUGCUCUCUGUUGGACUGAAGAGUUCACACUGUCAACUGAACAUACUGAGAUCGGUCAUCUGUAAUCUCACUGGUCAGUGCUGUGAAGGUUUGUCUUCAGCUCUACAGUCAUCAAACUCCUGCCUGAGAGAGCUGGACCUGAGUAACAAUGACCUGAAGGAUUCUGGAGUGAAGCUGCUCUCUGUUGGACUGAAGAAAUCUUACUGUCAACUAAAUAUACUGAGAUUGUCUGGCUGUAUGGUGACAGAGGAAGGCUGUCGUUAUGUGUCUUCAGCUCUGACUUCAAACCCCUCACACCUGAAAGAGCUGGAUCUGAGCUACAAUCAUCCAGGAGAUUCAGGAGUCAAGCUACUCUCUGAAAGACUGGAGGAUCCAAACUGCUCACUGGAUGCACUCAAUGUGGAUCAUGGAGGAGAGUUUCGGCUUUCAGCAGGUCUACACAAAUAUGCCCGUUUUCUCACACUGGAUCCAAACACAGCAAACACUCGUCUCAUUCUGUCUGAGAAUAACAGAAAGGUGACACUUGUGGAAGAGUAUCAGUCAUAUCCUGAUCAUCCAGACAGAUUUGAUGAGUGUCUUCAGGUUUUGUGUCGAGAGAGUCUGUCUGACCGCUGUUACUGGGAGGCUGAAUGGAGUGGAUGUGGAGUUAUAUCAGUGACAUAUAAAGGAAUAAGCAGAAAAGGAAGUUAUGACUGUCGGUUUGAAUCUAGUGAGAAGUCCUGGAGUCUGGAGUGCUCUGAUAACCGAUUCGCUGUCUUUCACAAUAAUAAGAGAACUGAUAUCCAUAUCUCUUCAGGCUUCUCUAAGAGAGUAGGAGUGUAUGUGGACGUAUUGGCCAGCACUCUGUCUUUCUACAGCAUCUCUGACCCACAGACACUCACACACUUACACACAUUCACCUCCACAUUCACAGAGUCUGUCUUUGCUGGGUUUGGGGUUUAUGGUUCCUCAGUGUCUCUGUGUGAGAUUAAAAACCUGUGAACAAAAAUGAGAUGUAGUGCUCACACCUGACUGAAAUAUAUACUAGUAUAUCUUUGAGACACACACACACACACACAAACCUGCAUAUGUACCCACGUAAAUUUGUAAACCUGAUCAUCUUUGGUGAUUAAUUUUCCAAGAACUAUAUUUCUUGAAUAUUUCAAGAAAUCAGCUGUAUGGUAAUAUGUUUGAUGUAAUGUUUGUUACAUAAUGCUCCUCAUGUUAUUUGCAAGUUUAUUUUUAUUUUUUUACAAUCAAUCACUUGAAGGUUUAAAAUGGAGUUUUCAAAUUUUUCAAUUUAAAGUCAUAAUGCCUCUUUCUUACCAAUGGAAUAUUUUUAUAUUUGCAAGAUCACAGAAGUGCUAGUAGUGAUUAGGGUCUAUUGCAGGCCUGGCUGCCUUUAUAGUGCAACUUGUCUGGCAAAAUGCUUGUUUAAAUAGUUUGUGCAGUAACCAAUAUGAAGUAUUCAAUUUAUUGCAUACUACAAUUUAUUAAUAAUGGGUACAAACUAGGAUUGUCCCGAUCAGGUUUUUCUUUGAAUACUGAGUAUCUGCCAAUACCAAAUCCCAGUCCAAUACUUGUGUUGUCCUGCUGCUUAGUGCACAAAUCAAUUACAUUAAAUACAUGUUAUAUCUUCUUCUUAUUGAAUUUUUUUUCUCAUUUUCACUCUUAGCUGCUAUAUCUUCCAGCUACGUCAUAAUCAGCACCAUAAUUAUCUUUAUAAUCUACAUUCAAAGAGUUUACCCAGUGAUCAUUAACUCCAUGUGAUUAUCAAUAUCAAGAAGUUUGCACAGAUCAUGUCUGUCUUGGUGAGACACAAUAAGUUGUAUAUUCACAAUGGCCUUUAUAUGUUAAUUUUCAUUUCUGUUUUAUUCUUAUCAUGUGGUCACCACAUUCAUUUUGUGGAUGAAUAUUUGACACAUCUGUUGUAUUAACUCUUUCCCCGCCAGCAUUUUUUUUUUAAAAGUUGCCUGCCACUGACAGCAUUUUUGAUGAUUUUCAACUAAAUUUGAUGGCCCUCAGAAUAUUUUCUGCUAUGAAUAUAUUAACAUAUUUUAUAUAAAAAAACAGAACUGAGCCUCUGCUUUAAACAAAAAAACUAUUUUAUUCUAUCGUCAUGUGUUUAUGUUUGAUCACCACUUGAAUGCAGAUAGGUGUAGCGUAUCAGGCCUGAA